GCCAACGUGAAGGACUCAGGAGACAGUGAAAAUGACUCUCUACCAGUUUCUUUGUGGUCCAGCUGUGAUGAUCAUCCUCUUAUCCAGGGGAUGUCGCUCACAGCAGCCAGCGUGCGGCCUGGCUCCACAAAGCCCCAGGAUUGUGGGAGGUUUAAAUGCGACUGAAGGAAGUUGGCCCUGGUUGGUCAGUUUAAACACUGAUGAAGGCCAAUUCUGUGGAGGGUCCCUAAUUAACAACCAGUGGGUGCUGACAGCUGCUCACUGCGUACCAGGUUCUUUGUCUUCUAAAAGUGAACUCCUUACCACGACGGUUUAUCUGGGCCGCCUCACCCAGUCGGGUCCGAACGUUAACGAAGCGUCUCGGGGACUUGAAGAUAUCAAGUGCCAUCCUUCAUACGACUCUGAGACCAUAGAGAACGACAUCUGUCUCCUGAAGCUCGCGAAACCGGUGGAUUUCACAGACUUCAUACAACCGGUCUGCUUAGCCUCGAAGGGCAGCACGUUCCACUCUGGGGUUAGCAGCUGGGUCACUGGUUUUGGUCUGACUCAUCCUGAUGCAUUUGACGGAUCCGACAUCCUUCAGGAAGUGAAUCUACCAAUUGUUGGAAACAAGGAAUGCGAAUGUACCUAUAAUGGUCUCAAACCGAACAUGCUCUGUGCUGGGAUCAGAGAAGGAGGGAAGGACUCGUGUCAGGGAGACUCAGGGGGACCACUGGUGAUCAAAAAAGAUUCUUCUUGGAUUCAGAUUGGAGUUGUGAGUUUUGGCGAUGGCUGUGCCAAGCCGAACACUCCUGGAGUCUACACCCGUGUGUCGGAGUACGAGGACUGGAUCACCAACAUCACCGGCACCAUGGCACCGGGCUUUGUUACCCACACUUCUCCAGGGGUGGACAACUCAGAUUUUACCUGUUCUAAACCCUCCGUGAUUCCCACUCUCCCCUCACCUGUCAUAUGCCAUACUGACGAGGAUUGCAGUGUAUUUGGCGGUGGUGAAAAUUUGAUCAUUUUUUCCCACUUCACCUCAAUCUGUCUUCUAGUUACUUCCCUCUAUGUGCUGGUUGGUGUUUAAGGCUUAAGGUUUCAAAGAGAAAAUGUCCGUCAACUCUUUUCAUGAAUUAAAAAUAUAUCCUCUUGCAUUUGUAACCGCGCCCUACAGUGAUGUCACAAUGUCCUGGGGUACACCGAUACAGCAUUGUACCGAUAGGUGAGGCAUAAAACCACUGGGGAUCAGCAAAAAACUAAUCUUUUCACAGGGAAGUUGGGUUUCUCUUAAAUGUCGAUGAUUGGAUCAAUGUUAUUUCGGUGUUUGGGAAAGUUUGGGAAACGUUGUAUUGUCUUUUGUUUUCAGAAGUGUGUCAGAACACAGGUGUGCCACACAUGAACUAGAGUUGACCUUUUCACUCUGCAUCUGCACAACAUUUUGAAUGUCAUACAAUUAUUGAUGGGUGACGGGUAACUGGUGCGAUCCAUAUGCUUUCUCAACUAUCCGCGAUGUUUCAUUCUUCAUACAGAUACCGAUCAGAUGGAACCGAUGCCUUAUGUCUACAGAUAAUAAACAAAUAACUGCAUUACA